AUGGUGUUUGGUAUGAUGAGGAUAGUGGGCUGGCUGCUGCUCUUCUCCUCCUUCAUGGUGCCGGUGGUAUCCCAGAAGCCUCCAGGACUCAGUGUGGGCGUGGUCAUGGCUGAGACACGCCCCGUCCUGGAUGAAGAGCUCCGCCCCAUUCGACGCCCUGACGCAGCUCUGGACAUUUCCGUGGUGAUAAUGCGCAUGAACCAGACGGACCCCAAAACAGUGAUCACACAGGUGUGCGAGCUCCUCUCUCGAACCCGCCUCCAUGGGAUUGUAUUUGCAGACGGCACAGACCAAGAAGCCAUCGCUCAGAUCCUGGACUUCCUGUCGGUGCAGACCCAGCUUCCUGUGCUGGGAGUCCACGGGGGCUCGUCCAUGAUCAUGGCUGACAAGGAUGAGAAGUCCACAUUCUUCCAGUUUGGAGCAGCCCUGCAGCAGGAGGCUCUGCUCAUGCUGGCCAUCAUGGAGGAGUACGACUGGCACGUCUUCUCCAUCGUCACCUCCAAGUUCCCCGGGUACCAGGACUUCAUCAGCACCCUGCGCGUCACCGUCGACCACAGUUUUGUUCGCUGGGAUCUGCAGAGCGUGGUCACCCUGGAUGCUGUGGACGGAGACCCCAACUCCAAGUCCCACAUCGCCCUCAAGAGGAUCCAGAGUCCUGUCAUCCUGCUCUACUGCUCCAAGGACGAGGCUGUGUACAUCUUGGAGGAGGCCCGCUCCCUGGGCCUGGUUGGAGCUGGUUACAUCUGGAUCGUGUCCAGUCUGACCACUGGCAACCCUGACUUCACCCCCGAGGUCUUCCCUCUGGGCAUGAUCUCUGUGUCCUAUGACGACUGGGAGUACCCGCUGGAGUCCCGAGUGAGAGACGGGGUGGGCAUCAUCUCAUCCGCAGCCACCUCCAUGCUCCGAGAGAAGGGAGAGCUACCUGAGGCCCAGAGCAGCUGCUACAGUACGGCAUCAGACCGCAGCCCGGGGAAACUGCCCCCUAGCGCCCUCCGCAGACAUAUGAUGCACACGUGGAACGACGGUAGGGACCUGUCCUUCACCCCAGACGGAUACCAGGCUAACCCCAAACUGGUGGUCAUCGUACUGAACCGGGAGAGGAAGUGGGAGAAGAUGGGCCGCUGGGAGAAUGGGACCCUGGCUCUCAUGUUCCCCGUGUGGCCUCGGUAUAACUCGUACGGAGACGAGGAUGCCGAUGAGAACCACCUGUCCAUCGUCACUCUGGAGGAGAAGCCAUUCGUGAUCGUGGACAACGUGGACAUCCUGACGGGCACCUGCAUGAGGAACUCUGUCCCCUGUCGGAAACACAUCAAAGAUAACAGUACAUCCGGAGGGGCAUACAUAAAGCAGUGCUGUAAGGGCUUCUGCAUAGACAUCCUGAAGAAGAUCGCCCGAAACGUCAAAUUCACCUAUGACCUCUACCUGGUGACUAACGGCAAACACGGCAAGAAGAUCAACAACGUGUGGAACGGCAUGGUCGGAGAGGUGGUGUAUAAGAAGGCUGAGAUGGCUGUUGGCUCGCUCACCAUAAAUGAGGAGAGGUCAGAGGUCAUCGACUUCUCCGUGCCCUUCGUGGAGACGGGCAUCAGCGUUAUGGUAUCCCGUAGCAACGGCACUGUCUCCCCCUCCGCCUUCCUUGAGCCGUUCAGCGCCUCCGUGUGGGUCAUGAUGUUUGUUAUGCUGCUCAUCGUCACCGCCAUCGCCGUCUUCCUCUUUGAGUUCAUCAGUCCUCUGGGCUUCAACCGCAACCUGGCCCAAGGCAAAGACCCUCAUGGCCCCUCCUUCACCAUCGGGAAGGCAGUGUGGCUGCUCUGGGGCCUGGUCUUCAAUAACUCUGUCCCCGUGCAGAACCCAAAAGGCACCACUAGUAAGUUCAUCGUCUCUGUGUGGGCCUUCUUUGCUGUCAUCUUCCUGGCCUCCUACACUGCCAACCUGGCUGCCUUCAUGAUCCAGGAGGAGUUUGUGGACCAGGUGACUGGCCUGUCCGAUAAGAAGUUCCAGUCCCCGUACUCCUACUCUCCUCCGUUCCGCUUCGGCACGGUCCCCAACGGCAGCACGGAACGCAACAUUCGCAAGAACUAUCCCGACAUGCACCAGUACAUGACCAAGUACCAUCAGAAGGGGGUGCAAGAUGCGCUGGUGCAGCUCAAGACCAAUAAGCUGGACGCGUUCAUCUACGACGCAGCUGUGCUCAACUACAUGGCGGGGCGGGACGACGGCUGUAAGCUGGUCACCAUCGGCAGCGGAUACAUCUUCGCUACCACGGGUUACGGCAUCGCUCUGCAGAAGGGCUCCUACUGGAAGAGGCUCGUCGACCUCGCCAUACUCGGCAUCAUCGGAGACGGUGAGAUGGAGGAGCUGGAGGCACAGUGGCUCACCGGCAUCUGUCACAACGAGAAGAACGAGGUAAUGUCCAGUCAGUUGGACAUAGACAACAUGGCGGGGGUCUUCUACAUGCUCGCCACUGCUAUGGGUCUGUCCAUUCUCACCUUCAUCUCCGAGCACCUGUUCUACUGGAGGCUGCGCUACUGCUUCACUGGUGUGUGCUCCGGGAGGCCUGGGCUGCUCUUCACUGUCAGCAGGGGCAUCUGGAGUUGUAUCCAUGGUGUGCACAUUGACAUGAAGAAGAAGUCCCCAGAGCUGGACUUCAGUCCCCAGGCCAACAUGCUGCACCUGCUCAAGUCAGCCAAGUCCAUCGCUCUGUCCUCGCCCAAGCGCAACACCGUCCUACUGCAGCCUAGCAUCCUGGACAUGAUGAAAGGUAACCACGGUAACUCGCUCCACGGCCUGCCUCCGAAGGGCCCCGGUCUCUAUAGCAACGCCGCCGGUCCGCAGGGCUUCCUGUCACUGUCCACCGGACGCCACAAGAACCUGCUCAACAACGCCGCGCCGUUCCCCGGGCAACCCAAGGGCCCGCCCCUCCAGACCAGCCCCAACAAACCCACCACACAGCUGUCAAUCACCAAUGACAAUGGGCAGUCACGCCUCGCUGGUCCCGCCCUGGCAGCAUCCAAACCAAGGGCCCUGUGGAAGAAGAGUGUGGAGACGCUGAAGACCCAGCCGGCAACAGUCAGUCCAGGGGCAACACAGAGUCCAGGGGGGGCCGGGGGGACAGGGGGACCAGGGGGGCAGGGAACCGGACCACCGCAGAUGAAGACCCAGAGAUACCUGCCGGAGGAACCCCCGCACUCGGACAUAUCGGAGUGCUCCAGCCGGCCCCCCUCCCACAAGGACUCAGACUCCAUGGCGACCAGGGGCGGGUUCAAGCCUGUCAAUCAGCUGAGGAAGCGGGGAGGAGGAGGAGGGAGCGUAGGAGGGGGAAAGGCAAGAUUUUUGAAAGACAUCUACUCCAUAGACUCGGACCAGGCCAGCCUCCAGUCUGCGCCCCCCUACCAGCGCGAGAGCCAGGGGGGCAGCGAGGAGCACCCGUACCCUCCCGACCUGUUCCCCACUGAGAGCACCACAUACGCCCACUCCCCCCAGAUGGACGCUCCCAUCCUGCAGCUGAGUGCCAGUCUGCUCCACCACAGCCACAGUGCAGAGGCAGACCUGCACUCACUCAAGGACAAGAAGUACAGCACCUACAGCACCCACAGCAGUGUGAAGGACAAAAGCGCAGGAUCAUUUGACACGGCAGGCACAGGCACACAGGGGGUACGGCCCGGCCACUGUCGCUCCUGUCUGGCCAAACUGAGCGGGUACUCUGGCCUGUACACUGUGCGUUCCCCCCAGGCCCGCUGUGACGCCUGCGCUCAUUUGGGGAACCUGUACGACAUCAGCGAGGACCACCUACACUCCCACUACCAAGCCCACCCCGUGGACAUGUUCACCCACUACAUGCCCCAGGCCGAGCUGGGUCUGGUGGGCGAGGGCGACGGCCUGGUCAGCCACUUUGAGCCCUCGCCGCCCUCUCCCUCUGCCCAGCAGCUGCAGCUGAGCCGGCAGCACUCGUACGAGAACGUGCUUCCGGACGGCAUCCCGGAGCGCCAGGGGCACCUGCGGGGGCUGGGGGUGUCUGACAGAGACGGGCUGUGCCUGGACGAGGGAGCCUAUGCUAACGUUCUCACCAUGCGCUCAGACCGGCCUUACAGCAGCCGCAGCCCCCCCUCACCCUCGCCCUCUCACCACCACAGCCUGGAUGCACCCAUGCCCCUGCCCAGGCGCUCAAAAAGCCUCUUUCCCGAUAGGCCCUCUCAGAACCCUUUCACCCAAUCAGCUUCUGGCACUGCACAGCGAGAACCCGCCACCCAGCCUGUGACACGCCUUCCACAGAGAAGCUCCGCCCACGAGCUCUAUAAGCAGCGUAUGCCGCUGUCGCUCACUCUCGGGAACCACGGCACUCACCAUGUCAACCAGCUGGGCGGGCUGGACCAGCAGGUAUUCUACCCUCCACAGGAGCCCCCGGUGGUGGCCUAUAUGGUGCCCCCAGCCGCUUCUCAGCCAAUCAGCUACGUGACAGCACCUCGGGCCUCCAGUGCCGGGGGCAACAGGCCACGCCUCUACCGCCGCAUGCCCAGUAUUGAGUCUGAUGUUUGA